AUGUCUGGCUUCAAGAACUUCGGCAUUGUUGGGGUUGGCAACAUCGGCAGCUAUAUCUUGGAUGAGCUACUCAAGGCCAAGGCCUCCGGCGCCAUCAGCACGGUUGUCGUCCUUGCACGCCCAGGCUCUGUUGAGAAGUUACAGCCAUAUGCCUCAAGGGGCGCCACAAUCGCGCCGAUUGCCGAUUACAACGACGUGUCCGCCGUAUCCGAAGCUCUCAAGGACGUCGAAGUGAUCAUCUCCACGCUCGGUGCAACCGCGUCGCAGCUGCAAGUCCCCAUCGCGGAAGCGGCCAAGACGGCAGGAGUCCGCGUCUUCGUCCCGUCCGAGUUCGGCGCCGAUACGGACGGCGCGAAGGAAGGGCACUCGGCCAUGAAGCUCGCGGUGGCCGACAAGGUCGCGGCCAUCAUACCCGUCACCAAGUUCUUCACCGGCAUCUUCUCCGACUUCGUGUGGGAUGUCCCUGUUGCGAACCUCAAGCUCAAGAGUGGGAGCGUCACUGUUGGAGGAGAUGGGAACGCGAAGAUGAGCUUCACGUCUCGGGCUGACGUCGCGCGGUAUGUCGUGCAUGUCUUCGCGACGCUCCCGCCUGAGGAGACGAUCGGCAAGUCGUUCAGCAUAGAAGCUGAGCGCUUGUCGUUCAACGAGAUCUUCGAGGCGUACGAGAAGAAGCACAACACGAAGCUAGAAGUCAAGUACACGCCCAUCGAGGAGCUACAAGCUAACCUCGCGAAGAACCCGCGCGACAUCGUGAGCUGGUUCCAUCUCAACUGGGCCUCUGGUGGGGCUGUACUUGGAGACCAAAGCUCGUUGGAUAACGCGAAGUUCCCGGAGUGGAAUCCCACGCCUGUAAUUGACUACCUGUAA